AUGAAUACAACAACAUCAGAAAAUGUCAAAAUCACUGACUCAAUUCCCCCCAAAAAAAGAGGUAGAGUCAGCCUCAAAAAACAACUUGGUCUCCUCGAAGGCGUUGCCAUAAUUUUGGGCAUCAUAUUUGGAUCUGGUAUAUUUAUCUCACCAUCGGGCGUGAUGAACGAAGCUGGGUCGGUCGGUGUCAGCUUAGCCGUGUGGGUCAUGUGCGGCAUGCUGUCCAUGAUCGGCGCUCUGUGUUACGCAGAACUGGGCACAUCCAUACCGAGGUCAGGCGGAGACUACACAUACCUGUUCGAGGCGUAUGGACCGCUGCCAGCGUUCCUCUACCUGUGGGACGCUAUACUCGUGUUUGUGCCAACAACUAACGCAAUCAUGGGACUGACCUUCGCCAACUACGUCAUCAAGCCGUUCUUCCCGGACUGCGAUAGCCCGGACCAGGCGGUUAGACUCCUGGCGGCCGCCAUGAUUUGUUUCAUAACUUUCAUCAACUGCUGGAACGUCAAGGCCACCACCAAAAUUCAAAACGUGUUCAUGUUCACCAAGAUAUCCGCUCUGGUGUUGAUCAUCGUGUGUGGCGGUGUUUACCUAUACUCAAAUGGAUUUUCCAAGUUCAUGAACCCUUGGCAAGGAUCAGUCACAGACCCCGGCAAACUAGCCGUGUCUGUUUAUUCUGGAAUAUUCUCGUACUCGGGAUGGAACUUUUUGAAUUUCAUGACCGAAGAACUAAAGAACCCUUAUGUGAACCUGCCGAGGGCCAUAUACAUUUCCAUGCCGUUGGUGACCAUUAUCUACGUGUUGGCCAACGUUGCGUACCUAGCUGUUCUGACGCCGCACGACAUGGUGACGACCAAAGCGAUCGCCGUUACAUUUGGUCACUUGGCAAUGGGUUCAUUUGAAUGGGUCAUGCCGCUGAUGGUUGCCCUAUCAGCAAUCGGCGGUCUGUGCGUUAACAUUAUGACUUCGUCCAGAAUGUGCUGUGUCGGAGCUCGAUAUGGUCACUUCCCAAAGUUUUUGUCAUACAUAAAUGUAGAAAGGUACACACCAACCCCGGCUCUAGUGUUUUUGAACAUCUUAUCUUUAUUCAUGCUUUUUACAAGUGAUGUCAACAUACUUAUAACAUAUUCGAGUAUUGUGGAGGCAUUCUUCACAAUGCUAUCGGUGUCAUCGGUAUUGUGGAAUCGAUGGAAACGUCCAAACACCAACAGGCCAAUCAAGGUUUCCCUUUUGCUCCCAAUCACUUAUGUAAUAGUGUCAUUAUUCUUGAUUGUGUUGCCAUGUUACGUAAGACCUUUUCAAGUUGGCAUGGGAGUUUGUAUCACUUUGUUAGGCAUUCCUGUGUACUAUGUAUGUGUAGUUUGGGAAACUAAACCUGUGUGGUUCCAAAAUUCAUUAAACCAUGUGACGUUUACCAUCCAGAAGUUGUUUGUUGUUAUCAAAGAAGAAAAAGCAGAUGAAGUUUGA